AUGGGCGUCAUCAGAAAGAAGACCGUCACACGGGGUGGCGAAGGCGGUGUCAAAUAUCAUUGCGAUAUCUGCUCCGUAGACAUUACCUCGACGGUCCGCAUCAGAUGCGCGCACUCUGCUUGCAACGAAUACGAUCUCUGUGUCCAAUGCUUCUCUCAGGGAAAAUCUAGUUCAAAUCACAAACCCGAAACACAUCCAUACCGCGUCAUCGAACAAAAUUCCUUCCCCAUCUUCGACCGAGAUUGGGGUGCCGACGAAGAAUUGCUAUUGCUGGAAGGCGCAGAGAUUUACGGCUUGGGAUCAUGGGCCGACAUUGCCGACCACAUUGGCGGCUUCCGCCACAAGGAUGAAGUGCGGGAUCACUAUUACAAAGCCUAUGUCGAAUCUCCUCGAUUCCCGUUGCCGAAACGAUGCAGUCCUCACGACAUGGACCUCGCGAACGAAAUCUCCAGGGAAGAUUUCCAAGCCAAGAAGAAGCGCAGGAUAGAGGAGCGGAAGGAAGCCGCUAAGAACGCACCCACAUUGCAACCCAAGACGAAGCCGACGGCCUCUGUACCGUCAUGUCACGAGAUACAAGGAUACAUGCCAGGUCGCUUGGAGUUCGAGACCGAAUACGCAAACGAAGCCGAAGAAGCUGUUCAGCUCAUGCAGUUCGACCCAGGCGAUGGGCUUAAUCCUAGAACAGGCGAGCUGGAGCCGGAGAUGGAGCUCAAGUUGACUGUGAUGGAUAUCUACAACUGCCGUCUCACACAGCGUGUGGACAGGAAAAAGGUUGUAUUUGAGCAUAAUCUGCUGGAGUACCGCGAAAACACAAAGGUCGAGAAGAAGAGGAGCAAGGAAGAGAGGGACUUGUUGAACAAGGCCAAGCCCUUUGCGCGGAUGAUGAACCACGAUGACUUUGAGAGUUUAUGCCAGGGUCUCAUCGAUGAGUUGAACCUGAGGCAAGCCAUCCAGCAGCUCCAAGAAUGGCGAAGCGUUCGCAUUGGAGAUUUGCGCAGCGGAGAAAAGUUCGAGACAGAAAAGUCACAACGAGCGCAAAAGGCAGUGCCCAUGGGAUCUAUGGAUCGGGACCGUUUGGCGUCAGCUCAGCGGUCUAAGGCGGCUGCUGUGCCAGAUCCCCCAAGCGGAGCUGCCUUGCUUGUGGCCCCCGAACUGCCCAUCCGUUCGGCGCCCGCCCCUGACGGCACGAAUGGCACCAUUCCUCCCAAGGAAGAGAGCAAACCCCAGACCAAUGGCGCCGUCAACGGAGCAGCCGCUAAUGGCACCGUAAUUGUCGCCAACGGCACGGGUCCGUCGGGCCCUGUUACACGGCAGAAGUACAUGGCCGCGCCCCUAGCCGGUGUCACCCCGAUCCAGCUCACGCAAGACGGCGCGCCGGACUUGCAUCUUCUCACGCCAGAGGAAGCUAAGCUCUGCGAGGUGGUGCGGCUGCAGCCCAAGCCCUACCUGAUGAUCAAGGAACAGAUCCUGAAAGAGGCACUCAAGAGCAACGGCACUCUUAAGAAGAAGCAGGCUAAGGAGAUCUGUAGGCUGGAUACUCAAAAGGGUGGUCGCAUAUUUGACUUCUUCAUCAAUGCUGGUUGGGUUGGCCGGGCGUAG